AUGACAGCCCUGCUGCCCCCCCUGAUCCUAACCUUCCUUUUCAUCGAUCGAGCUGCUGCUUUUGUCCCCAGUGCGUCAACGAAACACUGCGGAGGCCGUGGAGGACUACGGUUGCGCUCCUCCCGAAGCAGCAGCAGCAGCAGCAGCAGCGACAAGACGCCUUCUUGGCGUCUAGAAGUAGACGAUCUUGUGAAAGCAGCGUCGCCAUGGGGUAGUCUCGUGGAGACUGAAGUCAUCGCAACACAUCUACUGAAGCGCCUGCCGGAGAUCGCGCGAGACGUUUCUGACGCAGCCCGAAAAAAUGAGCUUGUUUCUGGAAUAGUGCUGGGCAAGGGGACUGAGGCGCGAUCGACUGUCGAUGGCCUGAAAGCGGUAAACCGGCAACUUCGCCAGGAUAUCCUUCCAAAGGCUUUGGAGGCCGCCCCUCGCAUCACGAGUGCUGUACCCCGGCCGGGUACUAACACGACAGGCUCAUCGACUACCCCCAAGCGGCGGACUGGGCCCAUGGAAGGAAUCGCAGAGAACCUAUACUCAAUCAAAAAGACAGCCCGUGAGCUCACACCACAGAAGUUGCGCCAGGGGCUGCAAACUGCGGCGGCAGAAACUGAGAACAUUUUCAGCAGGACGCCAUCCGGGCUGUACAGCCCCAGUUACUCGCUUGAAGACGCGAGGGAAGGCUUCGAGAUCAGACGCUACGCAUCUUACGCUGUGUGCUCUGCGCAGAUGGACGCUGACGCGGCUCGAGAGUCUGACCAGCGGGACGAUGACAGAACCGGCGUUACUGACGGGUCUGGCGAAGGGUUCAACACCCUGGCUGGUUAUUUGUUCGGAGACAACAAACAGGAGGUGGCCAUGGACAUGACCACACCCGUCAACAUCGACGUUACAAGCACCGGCAGAACCAUGUCGUUCGUGAUGCCGAAAGACGUCCCGGCGGAAGAGGCUCCUACUCCACGGAACCCCCGCGUAAACGUGAGGGAUGUGGCUGAGGGCGAGGUUCUUGCUGUGCGCGAGUUUCCAGGGUUUGCAACCGAUGGCGAAGUAGGGGGGCAACUCGAUACCCUGCUGUGGGCCCUGCAACUCGAGGCAUCAACGUCGGCGUCUCCUUGGUGUGCACGAGACCCAGUUGGAAGGUCGUACCGUUUGAUGCAGUACAACCCCCCAUAUACGCUUCCUUGGCAACGAACCAAUGCCAUUGCCGUUCAGGUGUACAGGGGGGUACCCGGAGACAGUGCUGACACUGAGAAUGCGAAGGGCAAUUCCGAGCGUGAACAGAUGUCCUCGACUAUUUCGCAAGCUGUUGGUAGCCCUUAGUCAUCCAUCUUUCCCGGACGCUCUCUGUAAGUACAACUGCGGCAAUGCCCCAUUGGGCGAAGAGGGCCAGGUGUUUUUUUGCUUUCCACCGUACGCCCUUCAUUUGUUGCAUCGUUUUUGGGCGCUGCGCGCGGUUGCUGUGGUAGGUUGUGCUGUUGUGAAUACUAUUAAUAGUUGGACGUACACAGCGUGCUGGUCGUUGAAAAGUGUUUCGCUCGUAUGAUUCGGGUUCGUUUUGAGAAGAUCAGAAGCUUGGUGUCUUCCAUUGCGUUAUGUAUGUGCGAUCGGAGCAUGAAAUGCACAAGUCCCAAUUUCUCGCUAC